UGGGAUUAGCAUUUAUUUCACACAUAUAAAUAUAGAUAUCAAUUGCUCUCCAAUCCACAACGAUUCGAAACUUCUUCCUUCCUAAUCCGCACUGCUAGGCAAGCAUCAAGCGAGCCGGUUGUGGGUGGCUUAUUUCAAGAGAAGAGAAUUCCCAUCCAACCUGCUCAUAGUUUCUUUGCAAUGGCGGAUUUCAGGUUCAGUUUGAAAGGGAAGCUUCUGGUGGUGGCUCUUUGUAUCUCCUGUCUAUUUGCUGUAUCCUUGGCAAGCACAAUACAUAAAUACAAUUUUGUCAUUCAAUCGAAGACAGUCACGAGGCUAUGCCAAACUCACACUAUAAUUACAGUGAACGACCAAUUUCCAGGACCAACAAUCCACGUUAACAGUGGAGACACUUUGAUAGUGAAAGUAUUCAACGAGGCUCGGUACAAUGCUACCAUUCACUGGCAUGGAAUCCGCCAGUUCCGUACAGCGUGGGCUGAUGGUCCUGAGUACAUAACACAAUGUCCAAUUCUUCCUGGAAAUAGUUACACUUACAAAUUCACCAUUACUGACCAAGAAGGGACCCUGUGGUGGCACGCACACAGCUCAUGGCUCAGAGCCACUGUUUACGGAGCUUUGAUUAUCUCUCCCAAAAUCGGCACUACUUAUCCUUACCAGAAGCCUGCCCAAGAAAUUCCAAUUCUGCUGGGGGAAUGGUGGAAUGCAAAUCCCAUGGAUGUGGUGAAAGCAGCAACACAAACAGGAGCUUCACCCAAUGUUUCGGAUGCAUUCACUAUAAAUGGCCAGCCAGGAGACCUCUAUUCAUGCUCAACUUCAGAUACGUCCAUCUUUCCAGUAAAGAGAGGGGAAACCAAUUUGAUUCGGGUGAUCAACGCUGCACUCAAUACCGACCUGUUUGUGGCCAUCGCACAUCACAAAAUGACUGUUGUUGCAGUCGAUGCUUUGUAUACAAAGCCCCACAUAACAAAAUACAUCAUGUUGGGACCAGGCCAGACAACGGAUGUCCUGGUGACUUUCAAUAAGGCAGCAGGCAGAUUUUACAUGGCUGCUCGAGCAUAUGCCAGCGGUCAAGGAGCCCCCUUCGAUAACACCACCACCACUGCCAUCUUUGAAUAUAGCAAAGGAAGUUCCCCUGUUAUGCCCAAACUGCCCUUCUACAAUAACACCAAAGCCGUCACAAAGCUUGAAACCCGUCUUAGAAGCCUAGCCUCUGAAGAACACCCUGUCAAAGUUCCUCUCAAUGUUGAUGAGAAUCUCUUCUACUCAAUCGGAUUGGGACUCAUUCCCUGCCCAAACAAUUCUUGCGGAGGGCCCAAUGGAACAAGAUUUGCAGCCAGCAUGAAUAAUCACUCCUUCGUUCUGCCAUCAUCAACCUCACUACUGCAGGCCCACCAUUUCGGCAUCAAAGGAGUCUUCACCAGUGGCUUCCCUGACGCCCCUCCCGUGCAGUUUGAUUACACUGGGCAAAACAUAAGCAGGAGCCUCUGGUCCCCAGUGAAAACCACCAAAGUAAAAGUGCUCAGAUUCAAUUCGGUAGUGCAGGUGAUUCUUCAGGGGACAAAUAUCUUCACGGCCGAAAGCCAUCCAAUCCAUUUGCAUGGGAAUGACUUUUACGUCGUAGGAACAGGAUUUGGCAACUAUAAUGCAAAAACAGAUCCGCAAAAAUUCAAUUUGGUGGAUCCUCUCAUGCGCAAUACUAUCAAUGUUCCAGUCAAUGGAUGGGCUGCAAUCAGAUUUGUAGCUGACAAUCCUGGUACUUGGUUGAUGCACUGCCACUUGGAUGUUCACAUUGGGUGGGGUUUGGCCAUGGUGUUUGUGGUGCAGAAUGGAGCUGAUUAUGUCUCCACGCUGGAACAACCUCCUUUAGAUCUUCCAAAAUGCUGAUCAAGUUUCAGUUUCUUGAGAUUUAGUUAUUCUUUGUAUUCGUCGUUCAAAUUGUAUUGUAGUUUGUGGUGGAGCUAGAAUUAUGUUUCAUAUUAAUUAUUCUCCCGCUAAAGAUUUGUGGAGCGGCCAUUGUUGCAUUUUCUUGAGUUUCAGAGGCACCAUUCACUUUUUUACGUGUUACUCAUUCAACUUUUUUUAUACUUUUGGAGAGCUGUAAUGGGUUAUUAUGUUUUCUUCUCUUGACGAGAUGUAAUCGUUCUUUAUUUUACAAUCAAAAUCAGUGUGAUUAUCAGUUUCUCUCAAAA